GUCAUCUAGAAGUCUAUAUAGAACUUCUAGAAGCCUCUAUAAAUGGUUCAGAUAAGUUAGCUGUGCUGCUACCACACCUUCGUUGGCUUGUUUAAGAGCAACAAAAACGACCACUACAGCUUUCAAUCCGAAACACAUUUGAACAUUCUUUCAUAAACCCCAACUCAACUGCGACUUGCUGUACCAUGGCAUCCGACCUUCCUGUCCAAAUGGACAGGUCUUCAGAUGAUGGCAGGUUCUCAACAGAAAGAAUCAUCCGCAGGCACACUGCCACGGAUAACCGCAUCCGACUGCCGCAAGAGCUAUCCCUGGGGCGUAGAAAAAGCACGAGUGAUAUCGGUCGUGAAAAAAUGGCCUUCUUACCCACUUUACGAAGAGCUGCAACGUUGAUGUUCACCCCGGAUAAAACAAUCGCCAAACCCCCCAAUACCUGGAGAAGCAUUCGCGCCAUCAUCUUUUCAUCAUGGUUCAACGUUCUGCUGGUGUUUAUUCCCAUAUCUUGGGCAAUUAACUUUGCUCUCCCUGAUCAACAGAGCUUAAUCUUUGUCUUGACAUUUCUUGCCAUCAUACCAUUGGCCAAGCUCCUGGCGUUCGCUACAGAUGAACUCUCCAUAAGGGUUGGCCAAACUUUGGCAGGUCUUCUUAAUGCUACACUGGGAAAUGCCGUCGAACUUAUCGUUUCUAUUAUCGCUCUCAUAAAAUGCGAACUCACGGUCGUCCAGUCCUCCUUGGUGGGAUCUAUUUUGAGCAAUCUUCUUCUGGUGCUGGGAAUGUGCUUCUUUGCCGGAGGCAUGCGCUUUUCAGAACAGGGUUUUGGGCAAAGUGCUGUGCAACUGAAUUCGUCACUACUUACCAUUAGCGUCAUUGCUGUUUUGCUGCCUGGCGCUUUCCACAUGGCAUUGCAGGGCCAGCCUGCAUAUAGUGAACUCUCGACAGAUUACAACAUACUAAAGACCAGCCAUGGUGUUGCCAUCAUUCUCCUUUUCAUUUACGGUUCAUAUUUGGUGUUCCAACUAUUUUCACAUAAAGCCAUCUAUCAAGACAGUGGCCCGGACAUACAACAGACAAAAGGCUAUGAGGGCCAGAAUCCAUGGCUACAGUUGAGACUCUACCGUCGUAAAAAGGCUAAACUUGCGCAAUCCCCUUCACUGGCGUGUAACGACGAAGUUGCGCCCAAUGCUACUGUGUCUGGUGAAGGUAGCGACUUAGAGCAUGGGUCUGCGUCUAUGGAGGACACUGAGGUAGAACCAGAUAUGAGUGUCCCUGUGUCCCUCGGGCUGCUGGUCGUUGUAACUGUGUUGGUAGCUGUUACUGCGGAGUUCCUUGUCGAUUCGAUCAACGGUUUGACUGCAUCUGGGGCCAUCGGUAAAGAGUUUGUUGCUGUGAUCUUGCUUCCCAUAGUCGGUAAUGCAGCGGAACAUGUCACUGCUGUCACAGUGUCCGUGAAGGACAAACUAACCCUGAGCUUGGGUGUUGCUGUUGGAUCAAGUAUCCAAAUUGCACUCUUUGUUAUACCGUUCAUUGUGACGCUCGCUUGGAUUAUGGGUAAAAAAUUGACGCUCCUCUUCGACCCGUUGGAAUCGAUCGUGCUGUUCUUGUCUGUCAUCACCGUGAACUACGUUGUACAGGACGGCAAGUCAAAUUGGUUGGAGGGCAUGAUUCUCAUGUGUUUAUACUUGAUCGUGGCUGUCACGUUCUGGUUUUACCCUGGCACCUCAGGCAUCUUUGCGUGUUAGAAAGGAUAAUGGGGCUGACACUGCGCUAGCGAUAUGGCUUACAACCAUGAAUACAUACUGGAUCACCAGAAGACUAAUGACCACAACCCUACCACUCCUUUCAGUACAUCCCUUGGGCCUACUACAAGACAUAUAAGUCUAAGACCAACAAACGUUAAUGGACCCCGCCUAUCCCCUGCUCACGAUCUUGAUACCUAUUGAACGAACGAUAUUAUAUUGGCUGACUGACCACUAGACAUUGUGUCAUUGUUCCUAUUUAUAUCAUUUGUUCUUCUCUCCGCCGUGCUGGAUGCGUACUCAUGGGUGCCCUGCUGCAAAGACUUGUUUCGGUCUAGUCUGAACAGGAGUUUGGUCUAAAGUACUACGUCUAAUUUGCCGGUGUACG